CACAAGAUGAUCUGGGAGUUGUGACAGAGAGAUAGAUUUGACUUCCAGAUUGAGAGGAGCUUUGUUUUGUUGGUCUGAGCUAAAGGAAGUGGCUGCAGUAGUCAUGUUCUUGAACACAACUUCUCCCCGGAAGUCGUUCAGCGUCCCCAUUAACAUCAACCUGCAGGGUGCUCGCAGGAGGCAGACACGGGAGUUCCUGAGCUCUGCAGCGGUGCACGACCAGGACUGGUGCAGAGGAGGGGAUGGACGUGGAGGACAGAGAGCUCGGUCCCAGGUGCAGGUGUCGAGUGCUGGGGAGGACAGAGCCAUCCUUCUGGGCUUCACAAUGAUGGCCUUCUCCGUGCUCAUGUUCUUUCUGGUCGGCAUCACCAUGAUCAAACCCUUUGUCACCAGUAACUGGGAAGAAGAGGCAGGUUGUAUGCUGGUGCAGGCCGACAUCCUUAAAGAGUGGGUGGACUGCAGAGGUAUAAGCACCGUGCCGUGCCUCAGGGUGAUGGUUAAUCUCACAGGCUCCAAUCAAAGUGCUUUUCUACACUUGGAUGAAGAAUCGGUCCUCCUCGCCCCUGAGUGUUUCUACUUACCCAAAUGCCGCAUGGACAGAACAGAUCUUCAAGCGGAAGUUCAGAGAGUGAAGAAGGUGUUGGACGUCCAGCUGGGCAGCGCCUCGUCCUGCUUCACUGACCGCACGCGGUACCCCAGUGACGUCAUCUUGAGCAGGAAGUACACGUGGAAGAAGGCCCUGUUUGCACUGCUGUGGCCCUGUGUGAUGCUGGGUGGUGGAGCUCUGCUGGUGGGCCUCGUGAAGCUCACACAGUACUUGGCUCAUCUGUCCGCUGAGGUGUGCAGUCAGGGUGCAGGGAGUCGGCUGACGACAAGAUACACGCAGGGCAAACUGUACAGACUCCUCCGCAGGUCCAGCGCGCAGACGCCAUCUUGAUCAGUGAUUAUGUUGCCAAUACUCAGAAGCCAAAGACAUGAUUUGUCAGAACUGGUGCACAGUGGGAACCAGGGCCAGUGAACUCUGCAGGGAAUAGAUUUAGUUAUAGGUUCAGUGUGAUACUUUAUUCAUAUGUGUAUAAUAACUGUAUACUCACAUUUUUUUUUUUAAAGCCUUUUAUAUAUACUUCAGGCUAGAGCCUUGCUGUACGGAGGUUGUCUUGCACCAGCCUGAACAGACAAAUCAGCCAGACUCCAUCUUCAUUUCA